AUGCACGCCAGCACCAUCCUCGCAUUUUUCCUCCUGGCCUUCACAGCCACGGCUUCCCCUCUCCUGUCACCACCCGCAAAAGCUGCGCCGGCUCCCGCAGUCACUGCCUCUGGUAAUGACGGGUCCGGAAACCAAGAUGUCGGCAAUGCGGGCCAGAAUGCGGGAAACAGCGCGGCAAACAAGGGAACUGUUAGGGGCGACUACACGGUCGAGCAAGGAGUGCAGACAUGCGGUAAUGCACAGUUGAACUGCUGCAACAAGAUUGAGAAGCAGGGCGACACGAAGAAUGCUGGGUUGUUGGGGUCUGUGUUUGGGAGUGGGGAUAUCGGCUUGCAGUGCACUCCAAUUAACUUGCCAAUUGCUGCCCUCCAGGUACCUGUUAACAAAGCGUGUGAUGCCAAGGCUGCUUGUUGUCAGGGAGACACAACUCAGAACGGUCUGAUAAACCUUGGUUGUAUCGCUCUUGCAUCCCUCAUCUAG